CUGCCUCUGGUAAGAGUAGCACUGAGAACCCAGAGUUUACCCUGACAUUAGUUUGCAGUCUUACCCUCCUUAGUUGGAGCAGCUUUAGCCUUUAUGUCAGUCUCACUUUCAGCUCAUACAUCUGCAUGUUUAACACCUCGAUGGCUAAGACGGGACUACUGUAACAAACUACCACCCUAGCAACUUCCUGUUACAGUAGAGUCCCUAUUUUUGGCCCCCAUGUUAAAGAGUGCAGCUUUAAAACGAAGCAGAACAGUCACAAUUUAUUAAAACAAGUGAGCAGAACUGUGCGAGUGUUGGGGUUAAAGGACGAAGAGCUUCCAACAGCUGAAUGGAUCUGAGAAACCAGGAGGGCAACACUGAGAGGGAAGCACCUGAAGACACAAGAUGCUGCCAUAAAUGUAAGAUGACCGCUUGUUUGGCUGUUACCUUGUCAACUGUCAUCCUCAUCGUGGGACUACUUUUGUGUUUGGGUUUAUUUGUCUGGUGGACAAAAGCACCAAAAGAGGAUAAGCAGACCCUCAAACCUGCAGUCAGUCAGUACCAGGAUCGCCUGCAGCAGUGCAAAAAGGAGCGCAAUGAUCUGACCCUGAUGCUCCACGCUGCCACUGAAGACUCCCGGUGCAGAUUGUGUCCUGAUGGCUGGCUUUGGUGGAACAGUUCCUGUUACUUCUUCUCAGUGGGACGGCAGGAAAACCUAAAGUGGAACGAGAGCGCAGAGUUCUGCCGGCAACACAACAGCAGCCUGACUGUGAUCAAAGGCUCUGCUGAAAUGGAAUUUAUCCAAAGUGUGAUGAGGACAUUUCCGAGGUUUCCCUUCCUGUGGGUGGGACUGACAGACGCCCAGCAGGAGAGUCAGUGGAUGUGGUGGGAUGGGAUGCACGUCCAGCACUACAUGUCUCUGACUGUAGAGUGGGAUGCGAACCACAGGGACUGUGCAGACCUGAGAGGAGGUGGGAGUCUCUUUGCUGCAGACUGUGAGGAGUAUGGACCCUGGACGUGUAAGAAGGACUCCUGACAGGCUUCAAACAACUCAAC